AUGGAGCAAGAACGGUCCAAUCUGAUGUGCGUCAUCAACCAGGCAAGGCCACGCGAGGCUUUUACCGAGGUCAACCAGAAUUUUGAGCAUUUGUCGCGGGAGCUCUCUCAACUGACAGAUGUGGUGGGCCGGAUUCAGCAGGAGGUCGUCGAUGUGCGGCAGCAGAAGGACGUCGAGAUUUCUCAACGUGUCCAGCAGCUGGAGGAGCUGCAAGCGGGUCACCGUUUGGAGGUGCGCCAGUCCCAGCAGUGCGUCAACGUGCAGAUUCUUGAGAUGCAGCGUCAGCUUGCUCCGCUUGUGGAGAGCGAAAGAGCAAAUGCCACCUUCGAGACGGAGGUAAGGGCAUACCUCGAUGAUCUCAGGCAGCUGGUCCAUGACAGCGAGGUUCAAUGGCAAAGCGUCGCAGAUCGGGUUUCGCGACUCCAAAGUGAGGUGCCAGCCUGUGUCGCUGAUGAAGUAAGGCGACAUAUACAAGUCGUUUCGCGCAUCAAGGAGGAUGGCCAUGCAGAGCUCAGUGGCCAUCCGCGCGAUUUGCAGAGGCAAGAGCGAGACGUACCAAAGCCAUCCCCUGGGCAGCUGCAUCAGCUUAAGGCCUCUGCUGUUCGAGAAAGGAGAGGCUCGCUUGGGUCGCUCAGCUCGCUUCAUGCCCAGGCUCCCUCUGAUGAGUCUGCCCAGCGGUGGCUGGAAGGAGAGCACAGGAAAGCAAGGUUGGCCGAAAGGCUUCCUGAGGGACUUCCCGGAUAUGCUGCUCAAGAUCGCGUAGAUGCCUCGGCACCCGAGCUUCCCGUCGAGCCCCCCAAGAUGAGCCUUGCUGGUCUUCGCCAGGCGGUGAAGGACGAUCUGCGGGUCCUUCACAACGGCGACCAGCGGUUGCUGGAGCUGCUGCUCGGAGAGGAGCACGUUCUGCAAAGCGGUGAUCUCUCUGGGUCCAGUAGGUGGCUCUCGCAAGGCCCAGAAGCUGAGUCAGUUCCUCCUGCAGGUUUUCAUGUGACUUGA